AAAAAUCUGGAGGUUUUUCUAAGUGAACAUGUUAAGACUGUACACAUCCCUUAUUAUCACUUCCAAGCAGUAUACUGUACAUCGUUUUCCCUGACCCUCUGCUGUGACAAUCGGCACAUCUGUACAGUGGUGGUGUUUGGUUUAGAGAAAGAUCAGGGCUGUGUGUGUGCGCGUGCAUGCGUGUGGCUCAGAGAUCUAACAGACGACAACCCACAUCUGUUUGAACUGUUGUUUCAUUUUGUCAGGAGGUCACAGACAGAGACAUGCAGCUCAUUGAGGUUUACUUGUUUAUAAGAUACGUCGUGUCUGUGAAAUGAAUGGGCUACUAUUUCUGAGCCUGAAAAGAAAAGAUCCUUCCCAAAUUCAACACAUGCACAGGACUAGAAAAAAACAAAAAACAGUAUUCCUUUUUUUGAGUUCCUUGCUGCUGCUAACAACUGUAGUUUUAUGUACUGUAUCUCUUUGAUGGUUGAUUUUAUGUGUGUCCUUUUUGUCUGACAGCUUGCUGCUCUGUGUUCAGGAUUGUGUGCAGCCAGUUUUAAAUCUCCCCGUAAGCUUGUAGGUCAUCGCAGAUCCCAGCUUUUAUGGCCUUGAGUUAUUUAAAGGAGCACUCCAGUGAUUUUUAAUAUUUUUCUUCUUUAAAGCUCGGGGGCAGGAGCCAAGGUAUCCCAGCUUUCAUGGCCAAUAUCCAUAGCAUCCAGCUGCUUUGCAUUAAGGCUCCGUCGCAGCUGCCGGAGACGAUCUGCAGCCAUUCAGCCCGUGUCUCCACUGCGUCCAUGGCUAGAGCGCUCCUGUCCUUACAUCCCAUGGUCUAGUUUUGCUGUCUCUAAAGCAUAAAACUCACUUGCAGAUGUAUAGAAAUGCCUUUUAUUUACUGGCAGUUGACUUGCAAUUAAUGUUUAAUGGUGCAUUUAAUUUGUUUCUGACUUUGACUUCACACACUCAGCAAAACCACUUUUGUUUUUAGCAUGGCCGGAUUAUUGUCUUAGAGGACCCUAGGGGGAAAAAUUUGUUGUUAGGUCUCUAUUGCCCUACAUUAUAGUGUAGUGGCAGUUUCAUUGUUUCCUAUAUACUCUAUACUCUAAAGCUGAAAUGAUUAGUUGAUUAAUCGAUUGAAAGAAAACUAAUUGGCAACAGUCUUGAUAAUUGAUUAAUCGUUCAAAUCACUUUGUAAUCAUAAAUGCCAAAAAUUGACUGGUAUCAGCUUCUCUAACGUGAAUAUUUGCUAGUUUUUGUAGUUUUCUGUGACAGUAGCCUCAACAUUUUUGGGUUUUUGACCGUCGACUGAGACACAGGAGGCAUUUUGAAAACGUUAACUUGGGCUUCAUUUUUCCACUAUUUUCUGACAUUUUCUAGACCAAUCAUAUGAUGGAAUAAUACGACCUUGCAUUAGGUUUUCUCUGUGUCAAGCGAUGAACACCGGAAAAAUUAAAGCAGUUUGAUAAAACACUAAACAACGAAUGACCACAAUAUUAACAAAAACAAUUAAGGUCUUAAAAGUAAAUUUUGACACUGUUCCUCUACAAGACCAGGGCCGCAGGCUGGAGGACGGAGGUGAGAGUUGAUAUUGUACUUUAUGGUGCGAUUUCAAACAAAUUUGUGAUUAAUCAAAUUAUAUAGGCCCAAGUGAUAUGUUUACAAUAGUAAACCUGGGGGUCUGGGUCCUCUGGACAGUCAUCCGGCCCUGGUUGUUAUUGUGAGAGGAGGAGAAAAGCAAGGGACGGUGGAAACUGCUCGUCAGUCAGUCUCCUCCUGAGCUCUGUGAUCAUCAUCGCUGCAUUUUCAUGCAGCCAAAUGCACAUAUUUGUUUUCAUUUACAUAUUUUUCCGGUUCAAAAGAAAGGGGUACUUGAGCAUCUGUUACUACAUCUAAAUGAGCUGCUGUAUUUAUGCUUGUGAGAACAUGAAAAAAUGUCAGCAAAACUACCUCAAACUAUAUUAUGUGGUUGAAAAAGAACGGAUGCUCUGCCUCUGAAACGUUUCUGGUGGACACUGAAUGCAGCGUUGCUGGAUGCUGGGCCCAUUCAACUCUGUUCCCCACCGUGGGGUCAAACCUCGAGCAACCACUGGAUCCUACAUUUACGAUAGUGCAAUUGAAUAGCAUCUCUCCCACACACAUCCAGUUCGUGAAGAAGGGUCCUUUCAAAUGUUUUGAAGUCUCAGACCCACGGGGAAGCGACCCUGCUCAUCUCAGGGUCAUUUUUUCAAACCUCACAAAGCUCCUCCAUCAUGCUCGCUUUCACUGGCUGGAUACUCCUGGUGACAAGUGAACUAAACUUGAUGUGUAAAAUCGGUGGAGUGCUCCUUUUAAAGACUCACUUCAACUUCCUUACCAUGGUGAAUCACUAGGUCUAACUUUAGAUGUACCUGUUGCACAAGACUGGCUGACCUGUAUGUCACCGAUGUUAUGAUGUGUAUGAUGGCCAUGUGAACAUGUGUGUCACGAACCAGUAAAUGGACGCCUAGGUUGUUUCCCGCUAAAUCAAUACUGAAAAUGUAUAGGUCCACGGUAGGCCAAUGAAUUGGGGGCAAAUGUUUGACAACGGAGACUGCUAAAGGUGACUACAGCUCUGGACUCGUGGGAGUUCAGUGUCAAUUUCAACGAGAUUCAUCCAAACACAACUGUAAUACCGAGGAAAAUAGCUGAAAGUUUAAAGUUACAGACAUUUGGCAUCAACUUUUUUUCCUUUUUUUAAAAAUGAAAAUCCUAUUUUAUCUUCUCAAAGGUCUACAAACCCAACUGUUUUCUAAGUUGCGAAGGAGGGCGAAAUGUUUGACUGUGUCCACAUUUUGAAGGACCAAAGCAGGUUCCCUGCUCGAGUCACUCGCCGUGCGAAGAACAGAAAGAGGAACCCGCUACGUUUGGCAACAUUGAUGUAACUCACGAGUUUUGAAGCCGCUCAUCCCCACGGCUCGGUUACUCAUCUCCCUCACACUACGUCGGGGGCGUGCACGUGGCCGAGGUGUAUAAUAACCUAAGGAGAGAGCGGAUCUCCGGCGGGGCCGCUCCAGCGCGCUUUUACGCGUAUCCAAAAGGGCGCUGACAGCCCAGAGAAGAUUUGGUUACAGCACUAACUCGUUCCACUGAAAGCCAAAUCCGGUUCAGCCGACCUGCGUGGGGACCCAGCUUGGUGUAAUCUAUCACACUGCGUUUAGAAUAUGAUUAAUAAUGGGGGAGAUCUUUUGUUUUUUAAAGAGAUGCUCAGACCAGGGUUGCACUAAGUUUUUCGCCCAACGCCUGUUAGUGUAAGUCUUUGCAUCAUGUAUUUGUAAAUAUGACCACGGCAGAUCUAUAAUUGUGAAUAAAGGAGGUUUUAUCACAGGAGUCAAAUCAGCCAUGGAGCAGUUUGUGUCUCCGGAUCGGUCUUUGUCCGUCUGCAAGCGGGUAUGCUACGCGGCGGGGCAUUUUCUGAACGACCUGUGCGCCUCGAUGUGGUUCACAUACCUGCUGGUCUACCUGCACUCCGUGCUCGGCCUCCGGAGCACCUAUGCGGGCGUGAUGCUGCUGAUUGGCCAAAUAGCGGACGGGGUCUGUACGCCUCUGGUCGGAUAUGAAUCCGACAGGACGCCAGGUGCGCUGGGGUACGGCAAGAGAAAAACCUGGCAUUUAUUGGGAACCGUUUGUAUUCUGGUGUCCUUCCCCUUCGUCUUCAGCCCCUGCCUGGCCUGUGCCGAGAGCACUCCUCAGUGGGCUCAGGUGGUGUACUUCUCUCCCUUCGUCAUCGUCUUCCAGUUCGGCUGGGCGGCCACUCAGAUCUCGCACCUCUCCCUCAUCCCCGAGCUGGUGUCCAGCGAGGGCGCCAAGGUGGAGCUCACUGCGUACAGGUAUGCCUUCACUGUGGUGGCCAACAUCACAGUCUACACUGUGGCCUGGCUGCUCUUUCACUUCAAGGCUCAGCACAGCAUGGACCCGUCCAUCGCAGAGAGCCUGGGCCAGGAGGACAUCCCCCUGUUCAGGACGCUGGCUCUCAUCAUGCUGGGCACUGGGGCGUCAUUCUCCCUGAUAUUCCAUGUUGGUACAAAAGAGCAUGCGUCAGCCUCAGAGAAAGAGAAUCGGCUGAUCACACCCUCCCUGUCACAGGAACCUUCAUGUCGUCCUGUGUUUCAGUGGAAGUGGUGGCUGAAGGAGCCCUCCUUCUAUCAGGUGGCUUUUCUGUACAUGUGCACCAGACUAAUAGUCAACUUGUCUCAGACCUGCAUCUCAUUUUACCUCACCAACUCACUGAUGUUACCAAAGAACUUCAUUGCCAUCAUACCCCUGGUGAUUUAUGUCAGCAGCUUUGUGUCGGCUCUGGUCAUGAAACCAGUCAGCAAGCGCAUAGGCGUCAGUAUGACCUAUUUGUUUGGCCUGCUGCUGGUGCUCAGCUUUGCCACCUGGGUGUUUGUGGACAAGACCAUGGGAGCCGAGAGCAUCUAUGGAGCGGCAGUGCUGCUGGGAGCCGGCUCGGCUGCAAUCCUGGUCAUGUCUCUGUCCAUGACUGCCACGCUCAUUGGAGAGCAGACGCAAAGCGGAGCCUUUGUUUAUGGAUCAAUGAGCUUCACAGACAAGGUGGCUAAUGGUGUGGGGAUCAUCAUCAUCCAGAGCAUCCGACCAUGCAGCACAGAGUCAUGCUGCCCGGACUGUGUUUGGUUUUAUCGUAACGUCAUGGCCACAGUUACCGGGGGCGUCGCCAUGGCCGCAGGACUUUGCCUGUUCACACUUCUCAUCUGGCCGAUAAGGAUACGGAAAAAUUAGGUUUCAGAAAAAUCUACACCUCAUACCUACGCGCACUCACAGAAAAAAACUACUAUUCAUACCAUAUCAGGGUUUAAAUAACUCACUGCAUGAUGUUAGAGGCAGGUGUAUUUUGUUUUUUCUUUGACAUCUGUAUAUUUUGGCUCUCUUAUGCUUGAGACCCAGUAUCAAAAUGUCAGCUUGGAUGCCGAGCCCAGAUGUAUUUAAGCAAGGCUCAUUAAUCAUAUAUAAAAAUAUUUGGACAGAAUUUACUUUACUUUAAAAAUAUAUAUAUAUAUAUUAAUUUAAGAAGUUCUUAAAGAAAUGCCUUUGCUGUUGGCAAGGGCAGUAGCGCAGAGGAUAAAACCAUGCCACCAUCUAGUGUAUGAAUAUGUAACUACACUGCUUUACUGUAGGGCCCUCUAGGGCUGUUAAAGCUGAGAAUUACGGUAUAUUAUGAGCUUCACAUCAAAGGUUUUCCAAUUCCACUUGAUGAGCAAAUAACUUGGGAUUUUAUUAACAACUGUGCUCAGAAAUUAAGUUGGUGAUAGAAAAAAAUCCCUGAAUGGAACUAAAUGUGAUGGAGAAUUUAGAAAUUGAAAUAUACACAAACACAUGGACUCGUAAAUACUGCAAACAAGAAUAUUUCAUAAAGAUAUUCAUACUUGCGGUUCAAUUUUGAAUUGCAUUAAAUUAAUAUAAUGGCUUGGCUUGGCUUUCUACUGUGGAUGAAGCCAACUGUUUUAGUUGACUUGGCAGCAGUUGUGGCUUCGUUCCAAGGAAGUGAACUGGGUGAACUUGACUUCCCAAGAAAACCGCACAGCAGAGGAACUGCAGAGAUUCACACAGGAACAACACUGAAUUUUAUUUGAUACUUGUAUCAAUUCCUUUAUAAUGUUGUAUCCUUUUAAAAUUUUAAAAUCAUUUAAUAACGUUCACCCGCUAUCCAUUUUUAUUAUUGUUCAUUAUGUUUUCUAUUCCAUGGUAAGCUUGUAGUCUUUGUCUAUCUUUUGAAAGCCGCGUGUUUGAAUUUGUAAGUGUUACAACGGUAAGUAAACAUACUGUAUAUCAAAAUUUGGCCUUUUUCUAUUUAAGAGCCAAAUGAUCAUAGCUGUUCCUCAGGUGGCACUGAGAAAAAAAAAAAAA